AUGAGCGUGGGGUUCAUCGGGGCCGGGCAGCUCGCCUUCGCCCUGGCCAGGGGCUUCACGGCGGCAGGGGUCCUGGCCGCGCACAAGAUCACAGCGAGCUCCCCGGACACCGACCUGCCCACCGUGAGCGGGCUGCGGAAAAUGGGCGUGAACUUCACGGUGAGCAACAAGGAUACGGUGAAGAGCAGCGAUGUCCUCUUCCUGGCCGUGAAGCCCCCCAUCAUCCCCUUCAUCCUGGAGGAGGUGGGCCCCGACAUCGAGGCCCGCCACAUCGUGGUCUCCUGCGCGGCCGGUGUUACCAUCAGCUCCAUCGAGAAGAAACUCUCUACCUUCUGCCCCACACCAAAAGUGAUCAGGUGCAUGACCAAUACCCCUGUGAUUGUCCGGGAAGGUGCUACAGUCUAUGCCACUGGGACUCAUGCGGAUGUGGAGGAUGGAAAGCUCUUGGAACAACUGAUGGCCAGCGUAGGCUUCUGCACUGAGGUGGAAGAGGACCUGAUAGAUGCUGUAACGGGGCUCAGUGGCAGUGGCCCAGCGUAUGCGUUCACUGCCCUGGAUGCUCUGGCGGAUGGGGGAGUGAAAAUGGGACUUCCCCGCAGGCUGGCUGUUCGACUUGGAGCACAGGCUUUGCUGGGCGCUGCCAAAAUGCUGUUAGAAUCUGAGCAGCAUCCGGGUCAGCUGAAGGACAAUGUCUGCUCACCUGGGGGAGCCACCAUCCACGCACUGCACUUCCUGGAGAGCGGUGGCUUUCGCUCACUCCUAAUCAAUGCUGUGGAGGCUUCCUGCAUCCGGACAAGGGAGCUGCAGCAUUUGGCAGACCAAGAGAAGAUCUCCCCAGCAGCCAUAAAGAAGACUUUGUUGGAUAAGGUGAAGCUGGAGUCUCCUUCUCUGUCCGUAGCGUCUGCCAGCAAAGUCAGUCUGUUUACCAGUAAGAGCCCCAGCAACAAGAAGAACUGACGAGAUUGCUGUAGUCUGGCUGUGCUGAACAUCAGUCUCCUCCAUGCCCUUUCUUUUGUUGUCCAAGGAAAAACUCUCGCUCUGAAUGUUGGUGUCCCCCAUCCCUGACUCUUGGCUUGCGGCAGCUGUGGGGCAGUGCAAUGCUGUAGAAGAGGGUCUUUAACCUGUAGUGGGGUUAGUGCAAACUGUCCCUGGCAUUGCUGUUCUCUGUUGGGCAGGGGUGAUACCAUCAUCAGAGCUUCAUCAAGGGCAUUGUUCGUCCAGAAGCCUUGGAUACUUCUAGCACUCAGGCGGUGUUUGUGGUGUCCCAUGCAGAAAUGGUUUCUAGUAGGAUUUUUUAAAAGGUUUCAGAAUGCCUUUUGGUUUCAAAGGUUUGAACCGGGUCUGGAUCCCUCUUGCCCCAUCUUCCAUCUGCUGUCAGAGCUUGUGUCUUGUCGCUGUCUUUAUUAGCUAGAGCAAAUGCUGCCACGCAAAUGCAGUGCUGUGCACUACAUUAGAGGCUGGGCCCUAAAGCACCUCUCCGAAGGGACCAAAGUGCCUCUGCCCCAUCUCCCAUCUGCCUUUACUUUGAGAGACAGAUGGUGUGAACCUCUGGACCACGUGCCAUUUCUCUCUUUGUGUCUCUCCUUUGCUGCAAGCCUGGCUUGGGUGGUUGGGCAGAUGGAGGGGUAGUGAGUGCUCCCUUUUCCCUCUGACACUUCUUAAUGCUGUCCAUGGGCAGAAUCUGCUCCCACGCCCCCAUGGAUAUGUUUCAGCAUCACUGUGCACCCUAAUGCUCUCCUUGCUCGUUGCACUGUUCCUGGGGCAGCUGGGAGCAAAGCUAAAGUCAAGGACAAUCUCCUGCAGAGAAAGACGCCUUCUGUACCGUUCCCUUAGACUCAAGCAGAGUUUUUGUACCCAACUGCUGAGCUACUGUGUGGCAGCAGGACUCCUCAGCACCUUUUCUUCCAUCAGGCUGUACUUCCUUGGACUGCAGUGUUGAUGCCUGUUGACAGUGGCUGCUCUGCUUCAGCUUGUGCAAUCCAGCUGUGUCGUGGUGCACUGGUUGUCCCAGACAGCAUUUCUCCCAGCAGAGCCCCUGGGCUGGUGAAAUCCAACAGAGCAGCCCUCAGUGUUACCUUGUGUCGGCACAGAUGCACCUCUCUGGUAUUUUCUAGACUUGUUUCUUUUUUCUUCCUCUUUCUCUGGAGGUGUUGCACCGCUAAUGGCUAGAAGGGGAAAACACCUAGAAAAAAGUUUGGGGCUGCUUCAUGCGGUUGCAUUCCUAGUUCUUUGGAAUAUAAGACUAAAGGGAAACAGUGAGUCAUCUGGUCUGGCUUGUGGCUCAGAUCUUGUCCCAUCUCGCCUAGCUUGUCCUGUGUGAUACCCAGGAGGAAAGUCAGUCCUUGACACAAAAGAGGUUCUCGGGGAGGAUUUGAGAAUGCCUGAUGCCUGUCCAACAACAAGGACUUGCUUAGUGAAACACAUCCAGAUGACUACGCUUUUGCAGAGGAGGAAGACCCUUGCUGUUCUGGUCUGGAGAAUUUCCCAAGGCUGACUCAAAUUUAUGAGCAAGAAACAGCAGUGAAGUCCGGGGUCUAGGAGCAGUGGUCCCUUCUGCCCCUGAAACUCCGGUAUUUGUGAGGGAAGGAAUCUGGCCAGGGUUGUGGUAGUAGCAAGCAGGGAGGGUGGCCCCGCUCGACCCUUCCUGCUGGCUGGCACAGCCCCGAGCACCGGGCCAGGCGUGAGCAGGCACUGUGCUGCAUCGAGGGCUCUCUUCCCUGGGCCCACUGGGAAAAGGAAUGAAUGAGGGUUGUAGACUCAAAGGGCAGAGGGGACCAAUGCUCUGAUCAAACAGAAGGUGGGUUACAGCCCGUCAUCCAGAAGGACGGUUAACCUUUCCUUCAGGCACAGUCUUGGGAGCCAGCCCCAGAACAGCAGCAAAGGGAAGAUUGCCUCUACUGCUCUCUGUGAUUUCUUUACAGCCAACAUCCCUCUGUGGCUUCCUUGCCUCCCUACUUUUCUCCUAGACCCCGAGUCCUGUCCCAAGCCAGAAAACUGCACAAAGCAAAGCAUGCAAGCUGCCCCUACCACUUUUAUAGGGCUGCAGUGGGAGCAACAGGCUGGAGGGGAUGGAAUGGAUUUGGGUGGAUAACUGUCAUACUGUAUUCUACCUUGGGGUAUACUGGGGGAGUGCUGGUAAAAGGAGGACACUUAAGAUGGGCUUAUUGUCUCCUGAGGAAUCUUGGACAUGCAGGUGAUACAGGAAAAGCAUUUCAGUAUCGAUGCAGAGUCUGCCAAAGGUGCUAGUAAUGUUAAAGCAUUUUUAGUAUUAGGCUUUCAGCUGGUAGCAGGG